AUGGAACUGGAUGUUCAGUGUGCUGACGUCAUUGCUCCAGGUACAGGAGCUACAUGUACCUGUAGGGCUGGAUAUGUGGGAGAUGGACGGAAUGACGGAACUGGAUGUACAGAUAACAACGGAUGUUCAUCGAACCCAUGUGUUACCCUGGCUUCUUGUACUGACGUCCCAGCCCCGGGUGCAGGAGCAAUAUGUACGUGCGGAACGGGGUAUGAGGGAGAUGGUCGUAAAGGUGGAACUGGGUGUUCAGACAUCGACGGUUGUUCACCGAACCCCUGUGUCAGCCGGGCCCGUUGUACAGACGUCAGUGCACCUGGUACAGGAGCCACAUGUACCUGUGGGACCGGAUAUGAGGGAGAUGGUCGUCAAGAUGGAUCUGGAUGUUCAGACAUCGACGGUUGUUCAUCGAACCCCUGUGUCAGCCAAGCCCAUUGUACUGACGUCAUUGCACCAAGUACUGGAUUCACAUGCACCUGUAGGGCUGGAUAUGUAGGGGAUGGACGGAAUGACGGAACUGGAUGUACAGAAACUUACACUUGUUCGCCGAACCUAUGUGUAAGCCUGGCCCGUUGCACUGACGUCCCUGCCCCGGGUACAGGGGCUAUUUGUACCUGUGGGACGGGAUAUGUUGGAGAUGGACUUAAAGACGGGACUGGGUGUUCAGACAUCGACGGCUGUUCAGUUAACCCAUGUGUUGCCCAGGCUUCUUGUGCUGAUGUACCCGCCCCUGGUACAGGAGCUACAUGCACCUGUCCGGAUGGUUAUGGCGGCAAUGGGCGCAGAGACGGAACUGGAUGCACAGACAACGACGGAUGUUCUCCCAGCCCAUGUGUUGCCCAGGCCAUCUGUACUGAUGUCCCAGCACCAGAUGUAGGAGCUACAUGUAACUGUACGGAUGGGUACGUGGGAGAUGGACGCAAAAAUGGAACAGGAUGCACAGACAUCGACGGUUGCUCACCCAGCCCAUGUGUUGCCCAGGCCCGAUGUAUUGACGUCCCAGCCCCGGGUACAGGAGCCAGGUGUCUCUUUACGGAUGGGCUUAAGGGCAACGGCUCUCAAGGAGGAACUAGUUCAACAGUCGACGACGGCGACCAUAGAACUUCUGCCAACCAUAUCCUCAUGCCCGUUGCAGGAAUGAUUGGCCUGGGAGCAGUUUUAGCCCUACUCUUGGUGGUACUUGUUACUGCAGUGGCUGUCAACGUUGUGCUCAAACGAAGACUGGCCAGCGUAAAAUCAAAGCGUGGGGCUAACGGCACAACUAUUCAAAACAGCGCGUUUGACGACACGUACGCAGACACUAGAACAAACCGCCCGAACAACGACGGGACAUACUGUGACGUCAUCGAUGACGACAUCACCAAACGGCGUGGUCCGGCUUAUGGUAUCAGCCAACAUGGAGUCAAUAACACAUCUGAUGUCGGUGGUGGGGAGGGGAUCUAUCAGACCCUGGACCCACGCACACUUGAGAAAGGAAACAAUGAAUAUCAGAAACUUGCAAAAAAACGAGUCUUUCAGCAGUCUUAGACAUGCAUACCAUAAUACAGCAUUAAGGGCCACAUGACAAUAUUUUCGUUAUUGACUGUAUCAGUUUGACUUAGCGAUAUACUACUGUUUUAAGGAUAAUACAAUACAGGCUACAGGCUUACGUAAUAAAACAAAUUAACUUCAUUUUUUUACUAGUAUACUAUUGAUCUGUUGUUCUGGAUAGAUCUAAAGAAGAUUUUAGGACAAAUACUGUAAAUGCAUUUAAGUUCGAGGGGAUUUAAUUUCGCGGUAGGGGGAAAAGGGACUUUUCGCGGUGGUUUUAAUUU